ACCAAACCCUACAAUUCCAAUUCCAACCAUUAUUCUAUUCUCUAUAUUUCUAUUUCUCCUUCUUCCAUCCAUUUUUGUUCUUCUCUCUUUCUCUCUAUCUUUCCCUCUUUCACCAUCCGCAACCGGCAAUCAUGGAGAGGGUUGUCGGUGGCAAGUUUAAGAUUGGUCGGAAAAUCGGAAGCGGCUCGUUCGGUGAAAUUUAUAUUGCCUCAAAUAUGGACACCUCUGAGAUUGUUGCCGUCAAGAUGGAGAGCAAGAAGACCAAACAUCCACAACUAUUGUAUGAAGCAAAGUUAUAUAGUAUUCUUCAAGGAGAAAGUGGUAUUCCAAGUAUGAAGUGGUGUGGUACUGAUGGAGACAAUAAUGUUCUAGUAAUUGAUCUUUUGGGACGGAGUCUUGAAGACUUUUUUGUCUACUGUGGGCGGAAGUUUUCAUUAAAAACAGUUUUGAUGUUGGCUGAUCAGAUGCUGACAAGAGUAGAGUACUUGCAUUCCAAGGGAUUUUUGCAUAGAGAUAUCAAACCAGAUAACUUCCUUAUGGGUCUUGGGAGGAGAUCAAGUCAGGUUUAUGCUAUUGAUUUCGGACUAGCAAAAAGAUAUAGGGACCCUAACACAAACAAGCAUAUUCCUUACAGAGAGAAUAAAAGCUUAACAGGAACUGCAAGAUAUGCGAGUUGCAACACUCACAUGGGCAUUGAGCAAAGUCGUCGUGAUGAUUUGGAGUCUCUAGGCUUUGUUCUUAUGUAUUUUUUAAGAGGAAGCCUUCCUUGGCAGGGUCUGAAAGCUGCCACCAAAAAGGAAAAAUAUGACAAUAUUUGUGAGAAGAAAUUAUCGACUCCCAUUGAGAUGCUUUGUAAGUCGUAUCCUGUGGAGUUCGCUUCCUACUUUCAUUAUUGCCGAUCUUUGACAUUCGAUCAACAACCAGAUUAUGGAUUCUUGAGGAACUUGUUUCGUGAUUUGUUCAAAAGAGAAGGAUAUGAUUCCGAUUAUAUAUUUGACUGGACCAUCCUAAAAUAUCAGCAGGCACAACAGUCAAGGAAACAAAAUCAAUCAUCUCCUUCAGCUGCGGUGCCUAGCAGUCUAGAACCAGUAGUUGUGGAAAAGCAUAAAGGAGUCAAGGAUUCAGCUCAUGUUACUGUAACAAAAAUGUUAGCCAAUCUUGAAUGUCCAAGUGCACGUGUGCAAAUUAAGCCAUCUAAUGUCCGGAAUCUGAAUGCCAAGAAUCAGACCGAGAAACAUGGUGUGAACAAUAGUCCAUCUACUUCCUCUACCAUGCUCAAAUCAUCUACAGAAAAUGUCUCAAAACCAGAAAGGCACAUAGGAACCUCAAACUUUAGUCGUGUAUUUGGGAGUAAUUCCCGUGUUUCAAGCAGCUGGAUUCCUUCACUGCGCCGAAUUUCUUCAUCCAAAUAGAUUUUGGAGGAGUCACUAAGAGCCUUUUUCACUGUUGUAAAUUUCAUGUCACUCCACUAGAGGAACAAUAGACUGUAAUGACAAGCAAGAUACAGUGACAUGACAAAUGUAUUGACGGAGACAUUGUUGCCGAGUGGGGUGGAUGCCUUCAUUUUAAGAGUUGGAAAGAGGGAAAGUAACGGAGUAUGAACAAUUUCGAAGAACGAGGUAUGCUGGUGGGAUGAUCACACGAGGCUCAGGGUAAUUGGUUGGUAGGCCUUAAAAUGAGAGAGUUUGGCGGGGUUGCAUUUUUUUUCUAAUUGUGAUGAGUCAAACACGUAUCGGGGAGGGGAAGCCACAAUCAUUCUUAUUGUACCCGUCUUCAACUGUUCACCUUUAGUUUUUCUUUCAAACAAAUUUGUUUGUCUUUUCCUUUUGUACAGUUAGUUUUGUCAGCAUACGAAUAUAAAUCACAUUGUACCCCAACCCCAACAAGUGAAUUAUUCUUAACAAGUCAAUCCAAUUCAUAGUUCUUUGAUACUAA